GGAGACGCCGUAACCCCAAGCGGGCAACUCGUCUACUCUGUAACCAGACAACCCUUGACCGGCCAUCUGGUGCUCGAUGGAGGCGCUUCUUAUGUGAGCACCUUCACCCAGUUUGACGUGGACAGUGGUCGCCUACAAUAUCUGCACACUAGCAAAUCGCCUGGACGCGACUCUUUCACGCUCAACAUCAAAAGCCCGCACGCCUCCAAGGGCCCCUACACGGUCUAUGUGGAUGUUUAUGAGCAUCAUGUGGCGAUGAACACCUCAUCCCUACAUCUCGUGGCUGGCGGUAGCGCGGUGUUGGCCCCGAAUAUCAUUGGCGUCACAUCUUCGGAUCGCGGCGACUACAUCGUCAAGGUGGUCGCCCCGCCCAGGGCUGGUUGGCUGGUGAAGGACGGGUGGACGUUGGCGAAUAUUCAGCCGAUCGAUAGUUUUGCCGGCAGUGACCUGCGAGAACGGAGAAUCGUCUAUGUUUCGGAUAAGAGCGCCAACCUGGCCAGGGAUGUUUUCCAGGUAAUGGCCUGUAUCAGCGGCGAAACUUGCACCAACCCAGAGCCGGUAGAGGUCACGAUAUCCCAGCAAAAUAAGCAAAGCCCGCUAAUCCUUCGCAACGAGGUGCUGAGGGUGAUGAGCACCAACUUUGCAGUGAUCACGAACAGCCAUUUGGGCACUGAGGACACCGACACCCCGCCCUACCAAGUAUUCUUUCUCAUCUCCAAGCCGUCGAAUGGGCAUGUCGCCAGGGUAAUUGAGCCCGACAAGGCCAUCUACAACUUUUCGCAAAAGGAGAUUGACGAUAGUGCGAUCGCGUUUUAUCGGGGAUCUAAUUCCUCCGUCGGUUCUGGAGGCUUUUCGUUUUUGAUCUCUGAUGGUGUACAUCAACUAGGUCCGGAAUGGUUUACGAUAGAGGCAUGGGAUGGUCAGAUCAACGUCGCUCUCGAGGCAAAUUCUCGAUUGCUAUGCGCCCCAGACACCAACGCGGUCAUCAGCAUCGAUUUGCUACGCGCAAACUUGCCGAAUGCCGCCGCCCCGGAAAUUGUCUUCGCAGUUCACAAAGCCCCAAGAUACGGCAAAUUGACCGUUAGCGGGGUCGAGAGUCAUCGCUUCACCCAGCACGACGUAACUACACAACAUCGACCCCCCCAAAACGAGUGGACAAGACGGGAUUCGUUUACUUUUACGAUUGGGCUCAAUGGGACGUUCAAUCAACCGAAUGGGGACGAGCAUAGAUUCCGAAUCACCUCCACCUAUGCGGCCCUCACGCCGGAUCAACUACAAAGGCUCGUCAGCACCCAAUCACUCUAUGUUUCUCGAGGCGGCUCAACGGCGCUUAAUCAAAGCCAUAUCAACGCCGGCGCAUUGACGAAGAAGGUCGCAAAAGAGGUGAUAUUGAUGGAAAUCGCCAAAGAGCCUCGACACGGUGAUGCAGCUUGGUUGGACUUGCCGAAGGGCAUUUUGACAUGGUCCGAUUUUGCUAGAGGCUGGCCUUUCAUCUAUCGACACUCGGGCGAAUCCGAUCGUGAUGAUGAGUUGGUAUUCUACAUCUACCCAGCUAGUGAAUCUACACGCAGCGCUAGCCGGCUACGAAUCCAAAUUCCGAUUCGCAUACUGCCGAUACGCGAUCAUGCGCUUGAGGUCUCGCUGUUCCCUCGCUCGAUCGCAUGUAUAUCUGGAGGUGCAGCUCCCCUGGAUCAGACGAGCUUCUUCGCUACCCACCCGUCCGUCCCACCGCAAAGCAUCAUCUACCACGUCGUGCAAAAUGGCAGAAAUGGCGCGAAGAUCCGAGUUUCUCAUCGAAAUCGCGAAAAGUUUUCGCAAGAAGAGCUAAAUCAAGGCCUAGUUUCGGUGGUGCACACGCCUGCCCCAGCAGGUUCAGCCCCCGCCGAUGUGAUUGUAUUCUCAAUUGAUGGGCUGUAUAAAACACUCAUUGUAAAGAUUCGACCUUUGGAUCUGGCGCUGGAGAACCAUACGACGAUUCACUAUCAACAGGGGAAAACUUAUGUGGUGCUCAGCCGCUCUCAUCUUGGCGCGUUUUCCAACGGGGAUCGUGCCAAAAUCUCGUACAAAAUCGUCCUUCCACCGGAAAACGGCACUUUUUAUUGGGUAGCUGGCGAGAAGGAGACGAAGGAGUUUAGUCAGGAUGAUGUCGAUAACGGCCGCGUGUUGUAUGCACAACUUAACAUGCAUUCCUACAAGGACUCUUUCGAGUUUGUCGUCGCAAACGAGGGCCGGGAUACCGUCCGGAAUCGCUCGGAAAUUGUCGUCAAAUCAAUGGUUGUUGCUCAACCUGUAAUCGUUGAGGCCAACACGACAACCCCGAUCACGAGUUCGCAGUUGAACGCUAGUGCGCUUGAGGGAGCAACUCCACGUUUUCUUGUCGCAUCCCCACCUCGUUACGGCCGCAUCACCCUCGACCUCGGCUCGUCUCAUUCCGCCCUCUUCUUCACCUACAACGACAUCACCAAGGGAAAAGUCUUGUAUCAAGCCUUUGGAAAUUCUGAUGAGGUAACGGAAAACCUGGAACUCGAGGUCCGCGCUGACAGUGUCCAACCGGCUCGCUUAAUCCUGCCGAUAACAAUUCUACCCUCGGAUGACACCGGAAACGGGCAUUCCUCUAAAGAAAAGAUGGAACCGGAUGAGCAUCUACAGGGCGAGAAGCAUGACGAGGAGGCCUUUUUGAAAAAUUUUCCACGACUUGUCAAGCCUGAUUAUCUUCUGCAUAUUUCGCUACUGGGUGUCAUCGUCUCAAUCGCGAUUAUGAUCAUGAUCUGCAGAUUUCGAGCGGCCAGCCGGAAAAAGAAGAAGCUUAAGUCUACCAAGUUGGAUGAAGCUGGCGAACAAGCUCGGUUAGCGACUCCGCGACUUUCUAUGGACAAACCGGAUCUCCUUGGAACGACCGUUUUUGCAACGAUAAAAAGCGCCGAAACGGGAAAAAUGCUUGAAGCCCACAAGCGAGAGCUAGAACAGCGAAAUGUGCGAACCCCGCUGAAGUCUUUCGAAUCGCCGAAGAUGCGCGGCUCGUUGCCGCUGAGCGCGCAGCGCCUAGCCCAGGAUAGCCCGCGCGCGCGACGGCAUGCCCCAUCUUUAGAUUAUGCAGGACUUUCCGGCGAUAGCACACCCCCAGCCAUGCCGCUCUACCAGCAACUAUCGAGACCCGCGGGCGAGACUCAGCACUGGGUA